AGGGCAGAAUGCGACAGGAUUUAACACAAGAACCCUAAAAGAAUCUGGAGCCCCAUCCAAUACAUCUAAUACACAGAGAAGUCCACAGAAAGGUGAAGACGUGGACCAUGACGAUGUGUGUGCCCAUCUAUUUCUGUUACGUUCACUACGCUAAAUAUGGUGUCAAUAUUAGACAUGACAGUGUGAUGCCAAGUGGCUCUUUUUAUUUCUUAGUAGCUGCCUGUGGCCUCUUUAAUCCAGUUAAGACCCUGAUGCUUCUCUUAAUCCAUCCAAUCUGUUGAGUCCUUCACUUAACAGCCCCACUCAACAAAUCUGGGUCAAUAGAAGUUUGCUUGUGUGCGAUGAAGAAAACGGGCAGAAUUUCGCAGCUUUAACACAGCUGCUUUAUCCGGAUCCGUUCAAGGUUUGAUCGACCUCCCUGGAUGGGAGCUCGGCGCCACAAGGAGGUCUGAGGAUUUCAGAGAAUGGAGCAUCAAGACCAGACGAAAAGCAGCCGGAGACAAUGUUCGUGCGGUCAAAGGCAGGCAGAGUUUGGUGCAAGUAUCAACCAUAAUGGCGUCGGUAGCGACGCAAAAAGCAGCAGUGCGUGGCAGGACGAACAGUCGGAUCUGUACUGCAACUUCUGGACCGAGCCUGAGCCGGCAAGUGUCAAGAACUGCAAGGGUAGAUCGUUUGCCAUGGAUGCUAGAAUAAGACUGGACAGUCUAAAGUCUGGCAGCAGUUCACCUCAGCCGUGGUAUAGCUCGGACAACGCUUUGUACUACUAUGACAGUGAAAAAGACCUCUGGGAUGGUGACGAAGACUUAGAGGAGAAGCUGUCGGCUCUGGACGUGGUGGAUAUCCUUGAAGUGGAGGGAAGCACAGAAGAUGAAGAGAGCUGGUUAUAUGAACCAUCAAACAAGCGCUCGUUUGCGGGCGGGGAGUCUGCUCUCAGAUGGUGCCGACACGUUCUGGACGACCCCAGCCCUGAGAUGGAGGCUGCGUGUCGUGGACUGAUGAACAAGCUGGAUCGAAGAUCGAGAUACUACCUCUACAGACAGGCAGCGGUCUCCGCUCACUUGCCCAGUGUCUCCUCGGGCUUCGGUCGGGACAAAACAUUGGCGAGCACAUCGCUCAGCGACUCUGACAGUUUAGACCGUGUUAAGGUGACGCACUCUGACGACUUCAUAGCGACAAACUACAAACUGCAGGAUAUAACAGACGUCCACAUCAUGGCCAGACUACAGGAAAACAGUUUAAGACAGGAAUAUAUUUCCAUGCCUGCUGCAGCUCCCUGGAGGAAAAACCCAGACACGUUGCCCUUCUAUUGGAACACCGAGGCUGACAUUGCCGACGACUUGGGAAAUAAAAACAGCGCGCCUCCGGCUUCGCCCUGCAGGCCCGGUCUGACGGCACCGAGCUCUUUCACCUGCAAGUUACCGAUGCCAGCAGCUAAGCAGGGCUGCCAAAGUCCAAAACUGAGCAAACUUCACCAACAAGUAACCCAGUUCAAGCUGCUGAGGCUCGCUCAGAAUAAAGCAUCCACGGGCAGCACAAGGUCGCCUCGGCAGACGAGCCUGCGCUCCCUCCAGGCUGUCAGGAACAGCCGGAGCUUAGAGAUUGAAGACUACCGCCCUGCUGGGCAGACCAACCACCAUCCACCAGCUUCCAGGGCAGGGUUAGGGUCCUCCGCUGCCGCAUCUCUGCGCUCCAGCAACGGGAGAUGCCCGACGAGAGACUCCUCAGACCGGAUAACGGCGGUGAAAAGGCCGCAGAGAUCUCAGUCUCUCAGUCCCAGCAGGUCGGCCCACGCUCCCAAGGGAUGCUUCCCCGUCCGUGGGCGAGUUUUUGCCUCGCCAGAGAGGCUGGCCACUGCAGCUUGGGGCAGACAUGCCUCAUCCACUCGCCGGUGAAAGAUUUCAAACAAAUGAGGAAGAACACUAAGAACAGUAUUACUUAACGUAUUUGUGAUGUGACUACAAAACUCAGUGUAUUUUAUGGGGAUAUGCGACAGAUCAGCACACAGUAGUUCAUUAUUGUUAAACAGGAAGGGAAAUUAUUUGUUUUCAAAACAAAAGUCUGAAAGUUUGGCAUGCAUUUGUGUUUACUCCAAUACCCUUUAAUCCUAUCCGGUGAAUUAAAUCCUUUAACAAACGUCCCCUGAAUAAAUGGAGAACAUGUGUGGAACUCACUGUAACUCGAGCCUUUCUCUGAAGGCCUCAGAGGUUUGUUAGAGAGCAUGAGAGAACAAACAAGCAUCAAGAAGACGUCAGACAAAUCAAGGAUACAGUCGUGGAGAAGUUUUGAAGAAGGGAUAAGGUUAGAAAAGAACAGCCCUAAUUUUCAUCGUCUCACUUAAUCCAUUAUCUAAACGUGGCAAGAAUUCUAACCUGCCAAAGCCCGUCUGUGGAUCUGAACUGAAAGGAGAGCAUUAGGAGAGAAAGGAGAGACGAAUCGGAGCGUACAGAGCUGUGAUCGAAAACUGUAAACUCUGGCAAAACAAAGGAGAUGAUUGUAGACUUUAGCAAGAGGAGAGCUCAACAUAGACCUGUCAUCAUGGACGAUGUGGAAAUCGAGGUGGUCUCCACAUACAAGUACCUGGAAGUAAGUUGGAGUGGUCGGUGCAGGCAAACAUAAAGGGGCAAAGCAGACUCUACUCCCCCAGAUGACUUAGGCCGUUUCACGUGUGUUGGGAUAUGCUUUUCCUCUUUUACCAGUCAGUCGCGGCCAGAGCUGCUGUGUUUGCGGAUGUCUGCUGGGGAAACAGCAUUACUAGCAGCGAUGGUAGAAGAAUAGACAAGUUCAUCAGGAGGUGUGCGACAGUGAUGGGGAGGGAGGCAGUCUCUAUGGAGGAACUGGUGGGGAAAAGGACUAGAGCAAUGAUGAAGUUAAUAAGGGCCAAUGGGAGCCAUCUAUUGCACAGCAUUAUGGUUGCUCAGGAAAGGAGCCAAACUGAUCUCCAUGAGAAGCAGAACGGCCACCAUUAGACAGUUUAAUGCCUCUUGAAGGACAGCGUUUUAAUAAAAUUUUUAUACUUCUUUUUUUUUUUUUUCAAAUCCAAUUUUAUGUCUUUUUUAUCCUAUUUUACACGUUUUUAUCUAUGCUAUCGGGCAGAUGAAGUUUCCCUAUCAGGGAUCAAUAAAGUAAUUAAUUAUCUAUCUAUCUAGAGAAGCAGCCAUGAGGCAGAGUAACCCUGGAGGAGCUGCAGAGAUGCACCAAAUAUCUGAGU